AUGGUCGAUUACAAUAAACCCACUCCGUAUAUUGCAAAUGCUGAUGGCGCCUUCAUCGUCACACCACUAAGCGCAACUCAAGAUGGACAAGUAGUCUUACAGCCGAAUAAAUUGGGAUUAUCCAACAUAGGUGAAGAUACGGUUGUAGUUAUGGCUGAUGAUACAGAGACAUUGAAAAAUAUGAUCGCUUCAGGUGGUGUUACAGCUAUUGUGACUGAGGAUGGCACAGAGUAUCUGCAGCUUUUCGAUCCGAGUGUGGGAGGUGCACAAAUCAUUGAAACACCAGAUCAACAAACCCAACCUUGGAAUCCAGUCGCAUUAUCGCAACAAUUUGAUAGUGUAAACUACCAAUGCCCGUCUUGUCCAGCAUUGCUUAGCAGUGUAAAUGCUUUCACUAAACACAUGCGACAGAAGCACUCCGUUAAACUGUACGCGUGUCAUCAAUGUGGGUGGUUUUUUGAGACCCUCAGUCAAGUAUUCCUUCAUGCUCGGCGCAGCCAUGUUGAUCCAAAGAAGCCCGAAAGAAAUCCUGCAAAUUUCAAAUUUCAUUGUGAUCAGUGCGAUUAUAAGACAAAUAAUAGAGUAACCAUGGAACAUCACAAACGUUCGCAUGCUGGAGAAAAACCUUAUGUCUGUGAAGUUUGCAAUAAAAGGUUUACACAAAGGACCAAUAUGAUAACCCAUCGGAAUCGACACAUACAUCGUGAUAAAAUAUUUCGUUGCGAGGCAUGUGAUAAAGCCUUUUCAUCUCACGACAUUUAUCUUAGUCAUUUGCAGACAAGGGAACAUGAACUUCGUGAGUACUUCGAGGUGAUAAGUUCCCAACAGUUAUCUAUAGAGUGUUUGGGGUGCUCAGUUACCUUCGAUAGUAUAUACAAUCUGAGUAAGCAUACACGGCGUUGUUGGACAGCUCGUACACUCCAAACUAAAUUUCGAUGUUUGCCAUGCAAUGUUUAUGUGAAUGAUGUGUUAUCAUUGAGAGUCCACAUUAAAACUCAUAGAAGAAGUGAGAUAAUAUCAUGUCCAUUGUGUGGUGAACAGGGUUUUCCUGGUUUCAAUCAACUGAGUCAUCAUAUUACAAGAACCCAUGAUCUGAAAGUCAAUCGCCGCCACGUCUGCCGUUAUUGCGAAUUCACAUUCAAUUUAAAGAAGGAUUUAGAGGAGCAUGUCCGUAACAUGCACACUGGAGAGCGUAACACGCGUCAGUCACGAGGAUCAGUGGGCCGCCUAAAGUGCCAUUGUGGCGAUUGUGAAUUCACGACGAAUUCAAUGAUUCUGUUAGAUCGACAUCACGAUAAACACCGACGUCAAGAAGCAAAAGCUGAUCUCAAAAUACCUCCUGCCCACGAUGUGACCAGAUCUACCAUUGUACUUGUGAAGUCGAAUACUUGGAAAUCACAAGGUGGAGAUGAACACACUAGACUGGGUGGCGCAAUAAAGACCAAUACAUCAAGUGGUCGAAUAUCCCGAGCUCGCCGUCCUCCAGAGUGGCUUCGAGAUUAUCACACCGAUUUUCCAAUGCACAAUGAAAGUACUGAGCUGAUGGAAGAAGAAGAAGAAGUGCAAAUCCAACUACCACCAGGUUUUGAAUUUUGCGAUCUGUCCACUGUGGACGACAGUGACAUCCCAACUGAAGAGUGGAACAUUGUUAUAUAUGAUGACGAUGAAGAUGAUGAAGAUGACAAUGAGGAAGAAGACAGAGAGAACCAUUUGAAUUAUGAAGGUGAAGAUGACAAUGCUAUCAGUCAAUGUACUACCAAUGAUACUACUGGUCUGUUGAGUUAG